AUUCAAGCGCCAGUUCGCAUCUCUUUCUGCCGCAUCCCAUCCUUCAACAAAAAAGCGACCGCUCGCUCCACCUUCCCUACACCCACACCCCGCAACUCAAAAGAAUAAGACACGAUGGCCAAAGGCACGAAGCGCGCGUCUCCUGGGGCUGAGACUGAGAAGAACCCGAUUCCGGAGCCUGAGCUUGGAGAGGAGGACGCUGCGAAGUUGGACCAGAUCGCGAAGGACAUUCGUCGUGCUGAGCUCAUCCUCGAGCGCCGCGCACAGGCUACGUUGACCCCUGUGUACGAGAAGCGCAGAGAGGUGUUGAAGGGCAUCCCGCGCUUCUGGGCGGUCGCGCUGAUGAACCACAGGUUGAUCGAGAUGCACGCUCAGCAUCACACGGACAAGCUCGCGUUGAGCUACCUCGAGGAUCUCUGGAUCGUGCGGGACAAAGACGAGCCCAAAGUGUUCACUAUCGAAUUCUACUUCAAGGAGAACCCGUUCUUCAGCGACGCGGUGUUGAAGAAAGUGUACAAGUUCGUUCCUUCGAAUGCGGCCGCAGAUGAGAAACCAGAUGCGGACGGUCUGACGCCGUCGAUGGAGGACUUUUCGUGGGAGCGUGACGUCGCCAUCGAGCCGUCGACGAUCAACUGGAAGGACGACUCGAAAAACCUGCAGAAGCUGUACCCGCAGGUCCUGGACGAAGACGACAUUGCGGACCCCGGGAGCUUCUUCAAUUUCUUCGCGGGAACAAAAGACCAAGCCGAACUCGGCGUGAUCAUCGCCAACGAGGUAUUCCCCGACGCCAUCGACUUCUUCACGGGGCGGAUGGACGACGACCUCACGGACGACGAGGACGACAGCGACGAUGAUGACGAGGACGCGGAGGAGAUUGACCUCGAAAAGCCGCGGGCAAAGAAGGCGAAGCAGGCAUGAAGUGGCAGACUGGACGUGACUUGUUAUUUUUCUAUGAUAUAUGCCCUCUGUUUCGAUAGCGGAUUGACUGACUGUGCUAUAUACUGCUGCUUUGAGUGUUCG